UUUCAUGAGUCUCCUGAGUAAGAAGUACACAAACUCCGCCACAACACGCAGUCACGUGGUGUGGCGUCAUCAGAGUGCGACAGGAGCUCCGCCUCGCAGACGCCAUGGCAGAAUCCGAGACAAAAAAGGUCAUAAAGUUGGUUCCCGAGAACCUUCUUAAGAAAAGGAAGUCAUACCAGGCGAUUAAAGCGACCCAGGCCAAGCUUGCUUUACUUGAGAGAAGAAAGACAAAGCUUGGACAGGGUCUGCGAUUCAAGCGUCUGGAGGAGUUUCACAAGUACAGCACGCGGAAGCACAAGGAUGAAGUUCGGCUUGCGAGAUUACGACGCAGACCACCUCCCGCUCUUCCUCCAGCCAAGAACCGCCUGGUGUUCGCAGUGCGCAUCCGAGAGAUUAAAGGUGUGUGUCUGAGAGUGAAGAAGACCAUCCACAUGUUCAGGCUGCGCAAAAUCUUCAGCGGGACGUUCAUUAAAGUCAGCAAGGCCUCCAUGAACAUGCUGCGAGUCGUCGAGCCCUACGUCGCCUGGGGAUUUCCCAAUUUAAAGUCUGUCCGUGAGCUCAUCUUGAAAAGAGGGCAGGGAAAGGCGGAUAAGCGACGGAUCCCUCUCACAGACAACACGGUCAUCGAGAAAUAUCUAGGUCAGUAUGGGAUCAUAUGUUUGGAAGACCUCAUCCACGAGAUCUACUCGACCGGAAAGAAUUUCAAGGCGGUGAACAGCUUCCUCUGGCCGUUCCCCCUGUCCGUACCUCGACACUCAGCCAGGGACAAAGUGGGCCUUUUGAAGGAGAUGGGCGAGCCUGGACCUCGAGGGGACGACAUCAACAGAGUGAUCAGGACAUUUAACUGAACUUUUGUUCUGUGGAGUUUGGACAAACUUGUACUGUUUUUCCGGAUUGUUUGUUUUUUUUUUUUUUUACCUUUCCCAGUUGCGGUUGAAUGAAUCAAACCGGGAUUGGACGUAGCCGGGGGGGGGGGAUGAUCGGACCCGAGUUUGAUUGAAGAUUUCCUAUGUUUUGUUGGACAGAAUUAUAUUAAUAUUAAUUCUGUUCCACAAUUUCAGUUUAUAUUAAAACAAUGGAUUGUGGAUUUAUUAUAGACCUUAAUUGUGGUGUAUCAUGUGACACUUUUUUCCAAAUCAUAAAACCAGGAGUUGAAAUCAAA